AUGAACUGCAUAUUUGGUUUAGUUUCGUUAAUUUUAGUUUUUGCAGAAUGCACCGGAGAAACAACAAUCACUUUAGGUAAGAAAUUUAAUGUUUUUAUUUAAACACCGACGUUAUUGAAAUAUAUAGUUUACAUUAAAAUUAGUGUGACGCACAAAAAUGAGCGCUAAAGAUCAAAUAAUAUGUCGAUAAUAAAUAUAAAAUAGUAUGUAGGACACAUAGUGUAGGUGAAUAAUUUUUCUUACAAAACCUGUUAGGUUUGUAUCCAGUCAUAUAAUUUUUUUAAUAAUCAAUAUUAUUUAAUGGAAUUUUACAUUAACUCUAGUAUUUAUUCUUAAUUUAUUUGGAAGUUAUUCAACUUUUCAACUUAUUGCAUCAUGUAUUCACGUCUGUUAUAAAGUUAUGUUCUCGCAAAAAUUGUUAGCGCUUUUGUAAUGUACCGUUAUCUAAACUUUAUAUCAUCUGGAAUAAAACAUACGAAUCGCAAAAUAAUACUACAAUAGUUAUUAAUUUUCUCAAUUGUUUUGCUGUUCACAAUAUCUAACUUAUCGAAUCAAAUAAAACGUACGAAAAUAUAACGACGAUUUUGAAAAACACAAAAAAUAUUGGUAAAAACCUGUGGCAUGUUUAGGAUUUUAAAACGGUAGGUUCCGAAUAAAUCAUAUCAAAAAGCUUAUUAUGUAUAAUUUUCUGAUUUAUAAAGGCCAUCCAUAUUAUUUGAAACUUGGUUAAAUGUUUAAUUUCAUUAGAAACUAUUGUCAUAAUUAAUGACGAGUACAAUACCUACGCGUAUUUUACAAUUUUCGACGCCAUGUCUAAAGUAAUAAAAGUGCAUAACACAUCUUACAACUUACAAAGGUCUAAAAUAUAUUAAUAAUAUUAUAUUUUACGGGCGUAUAUGAAUAGCGAACAAAACAUUACAACCAUCACUAAAUGUCUAUUGUUUGAAUACAAGACCAUAUUGUAAAAUAUACACUCAUAGUUUUAUUUCUGAUUUCCGCUUUUUUUUUUUUUUUUUUUAUUAAAUUUGUAUUUAUUAUGCAGACUAUAUGGAAUCAACUCGAUAAUCGCGAUUUCUAUUGGAAUAAAUAAUAUAUAAUAUACUCGUGUGUAUAUAUAUAUAUAUAUAUAUAUAUGUGUGUAAUGUGAGUUUCUUUUUCCUAUAAUCAACGGAAAAAAAGCAAGUAAAUAAAAGACGUCCUAGGAUAACGGGGACGGGUGCAGCCAUUGUUAUAGGUAAUUUAAUGUAUACCUGUAAGCAACGAUACACCAUUGCUUACGAAAAAACGAUUCUGAGCGGAGUUCAGUUGAUAGUGAUGUUUUGUCAACAAUAUAUAUAUGCCAUAUUAUAGUAAAACAAUUAAGUACGUUUUAUAUAUAUUCUUUAAUAAUAUUUAUUUAAUGUUGUACCGAUUUCCUCGGUUUUCCUAUGUUUUUUCCCAGCUUUUCACAUUUGCUGAAAAAACUUCAGAGAAAAUCGAUAAAGGACCUCCCGACAGAAAUUUUCUUUCAGAAAAGUUGCCACACGUAAAAAUCGGAGCAAAUCCUCUGGUAGUAAAGUUGUCCACAGAAAAAAAAAUAACCAUCUUUGUAAAACUAUAAGCUUUUUCACUCCACUCAGAAUCUCAAAGCAAAUGAAAAAAGGAAGUGGUAAAAAAAAGAAUAUAUUUAUUUUACGUAUUAUAAUAUAAAAAUUAUAUUAUUGGUUAGUACUACAUAUUUUAUAGUACCAUAUAAGAAGUAGCUAAACCAUAUUUUAAUACCAUUGACUAUAUUAUAUAUUCAAUGAUAGUAUUUUAAACAUUUUCACAAAGAUAAUUAUCGGAAAAAUUAUCGAAAUCUGCAGUCCAUAAUCGAAUGUAACAAAAAUGACUACUAUUGAAGUGUAAGUAAAAAAAAUGGUAUUAAAACAUGGUGCAAGUACCUAUUAUAUGAUACUAUAUAAUAUGUAGUACUUCCCAAUAAUAUUACUUUUUAUAUAACAACAUGUAAAAUAAAUAUAUUGCUUUUUUUUGACUUGUUUUAAUUUCCGUUGCUUUCUUUUCCAAACCCCAUGUAAUGUAUAAAGAUAUAAUACUGGCUAAUUGCUAGUCCCCCUCAAAUAUAUGGGGUCAUCCACAAAUUCAUUGAUAUAAAAUUGUCAACGUACACGUUAAGUUGAAACCCACGCUACGUCACUGUUACACAAAUAGUAUUACCCGUGAAUUCGAUCAUUUUUAUAUGUCUGUAUAGUUUAGUAUGUGUACACAUUGUACAUUUUGGUCCAAUUUAUCGCCUUCCGUCCGCAAGUAAUUUGACUUUCACCUCCUAUUUACAUUUUUUAGGAGUGAUAUUUUCAAAAAUUAUUUCUAAGUGAAUCAAUUAAUGAGUCAGUUUCUUCACUAAUUUAUUGAAUAAAACACAGUGUACAAGUUUCUAAUCUGUUUAUUCUACUUCUAUCAAGUUGCUGUCAAUGGCUGACAGAAUCAAUGUGUAAAAAUGUCUGGCGAAAAUAAUAUUAAAACGGCAGAUUCGAUAAAUCCCCAUAUUUUAUAUUUUGGUAACAUAAUAACAGACAACACAUAUAAUUAGUUAGGUGCCUACAUAUUAAAUUGAUAUCAGUUUUCUUUUUAUUAAUAUUCCUUAAGGUACUGCUCCUUUCCACAUUAACAAUAACUAACAUAUUUUAGAAAAUUAUCAAAUAACAAAUGGGCAAAAGCAAAUAAUUGAGGUUCCUAUAAACAAUACUCAUUUAGGUAUAGAUAAUGUUAUGAUUAUGUUUUAUCGUUUAUACAUAUGUAAAGAUUUAGGAAUACGUAUAUUAAAUAUUAAAAUUAUACACCUAUUAUACAAGUAAGACUAAAAAAAUUGUUAAAAUUAAAUUAAAUAGGGAUAUUGUACAAUGAAGAAAACUCAAUGUUAGAAACAGCUUUUAAGUCAUCCGUAGAUGUUGUCAAGUCAAAAAUAGCAACAAGUGAUGUGAAGCUGAACGUCGUUAGUCAAACAGUUCCUCUCUACGAUUCAUUCAAGACUCAACAUUUUGGUAUUAACGACAUUUGUAAAACAUGAAAAUUGUAUAUAAUGCUUAAAUGUUAUGAUUAUUGGUAAAGUGUGUGAUAUGUUAAUCAAUGGGGUAUCUGGUAUGUUUGGCCCGUCGAUUGGUAACACGGCUCCAAUCGUGCAAUCCAUUUGUGAUUACAAAGAAAUCCCUCACAUACAAACCCGAUGGGACAUCAACCAGAAACGAGGUUCUUGUCAAAUCAACCUAUAUCCACACCCGAGCACAUUAUCAAAAGUGAAUAUUAUACAUUCAAAUAUUUGAAUAAUUAUAUUAUGUUAAAACAUGUAUUAUAAAAAACUGCUCAACAGGCACUCGUAGAUUUAAUCUCAGCUAUAAAUUGGGAGAGUUUUACGAUAAUCUACGAAAAUAACGACAGUCUUAUGCAAGUUACUAAUAUUUUGAAGUUUCCUCCGACUAACCAUCCGAUUCGUAUACGACAACUCAGUUCAGGACCGAAUUAUAGGUAAAUUGUAAGAUUUUUAAAUAAUAUAUUACGUCCAGAUUACAUUACAUUUAACGGUUUAUUAAAUGCAUAACUAUUAGAAAACACAUAUAAGUUUCUACUUAUAUUUAAAUAUUAUUAACUAUUUGACGCGGUCAAUACUUAGGUUAUUUAUGUGGUAUGAUUUUAGAAAAGAACUUCGAGAAAUAAAAGAUUCGGGAGAAACUAAAAUACUAUUAGACUGUUCAUUCAAUAUACUUUCAGAGGUGUUGUAUCAAGCCCAACAAGUAGGCCUUAUGGGGUCUGAACACAAUUUUAUUAUCGCAUCUCUGGUUUGUAGAGAUUUUCAAAGAACAAGCAUAUCGAAUUCAUAACAAUUUUGUACGCAUUUUUUUUUUUUUUUUAUUAGGAUAUGCACACCUUAGACUUAGAUCCGUUUAAGUACAGUGGUACAACCAUAAUCGGUAUGCGCUUAGUGAAACCGUACGACAAUGAGUUCAAAAAUAUUGUGUCACAAUGGACGUAUAAUUUGAGUCCACUCGAACCGGACGACAAAGUUGUAAUUCCUGAAACUAUUCAGGUUAUUACAGCAACCCAAAAUAAAUUUAUGUAAGUGUACAAUAAUUAUGAAUAUGCAUAAUUUUUAAUUAUUAACAGGUAGAGGCUGCUUUAAUUUACGACGCGGUACAAUUGUUUACAACGACAAUUUUUGGUCUGAGCAAGGAGAUCGAAAUUAGUGAGACACCGACGCCGUGUAAUUCUAGUUUAUCCUGGAAGCACGGGUUCACACUGAUCAAUCACAUGAAAAUGGUUGUAAGUACAACACAGUAGCAGUUAAUAUUCGUUGAACAAUGUAUAAUAACGCGAUCAUUAUAAUAAAGAUACGAAGAGUUGAUAUGAAUAUAAAUUUAUGUCUAGAAAGACUUUAAAGGACUUACAGGAAAAGUUAAGUUUGAUCAAGAAGGAUUCCGAACUGACGUCGAAUUAGAGUUAGUUGAUUUAACUCAAAACGGUUUAAGAGUGAUUGGCUGGUGGAACAUGAAAACAGGAAUUAAUAUGUUGGGUUUUGAUUCAGAAAGCGCUUCAAAUGGUAAUGACUUAGAUUUAAGGAAUAAAUCAUUCGUCGUCAUCACUGCAUUGGUAUACAAAAAUUUAAUUCAGAUAUCAUAUUUGUUUGCACUUGUUACUUUUGCGUUAAAUGCAUUUUAGACAAAGCCGUACGCAAUGGUCAAACUUUCCAGCCAGACAUUGGAAGGCAACGACCGAUACGAGGGUUUCGGAAUAGACCUAAUUAAAGAACUUAGUGAAAUGAGUGGAUUCAAUUAUACGUUUAUAAUACAAGAAGAUUUAAGCAGUGGGUACAUAGACCAGAAAACAAAAAAGUGGACAGGAAUGAUCGGUGAAGUGAUAAACGGAGUAAGGCACUAUAAUAAAAUAACCAAGAAUACAUUAUGAUACAAUUUUAAUCAAGAGGACAUAAUUGCAAAUUAAUAUUUUUUUAAAUAAACGACGUAUUGAUCUCGAAUUUUUCUCACUUUCGUGAUUUUUGUUUCACCCUAUUUGGGCUAAACACCACAAUAGAUUUUCAGCCGUUGUCUAAAUAUUUUUAUUAAUUUUUGAUGUACAAAAUGGGUGUGGGUAAAUUGUAUUCGAUAAAACACGUGUUGUCUAAAAUACAAUAUGAACAAAUUAAUUUUGUAAAUUAAUAUAUUUCAUAUAUUUAGCCAAUCAAUAAAUAUAUCGGAUAGAUUAUAUAAACUAAAAUUUAAUUCAUUGAUAAAAAUUAUAUAUUAUGUGAACAUUAAUUUGUAUCGGUAAUUUUCCCUCAGAAAACCAUUGAUAAUUAAUAUUUUAAUAAUUAUAAUUUUUUCCUAGAACGCCGAUCUCGCAAUAGCCGACAUUACUAUAACUCGACUACGAGAACACGACGUAGAUUUUACUAGUCCAUUCAUGAAUUUGGGUAAGUAUGAAUAAAUACUAAUGUAAUGUAGUGUACUAAUGUCCUUGUAAUUUUAUUUUUUGGGAAACCCUCAUGGAAAAAACGGAAAAAAUUGAAAAAAUAAUAGAUUUAUUAUUUAUUGUUGUUAUUAUUCAGUUACAUACUUUUAAAAUUUCACAUAACAUUUUAGUUUUUCCUAGACGUGGUGAUCUUUAACCUAUUUUGAUUGUUUUCAUAGGUAUUUGACAUUAUCUGGAUUUAUUUACGGUAAAAUUUCCAAAAUGAUCGGACAAAUUUGUUUUUUUUUUUAAUAUAUAUUUUGAGAACAAAUUUAAACAAAAAUUGCAAAAAAAAAAUAAUAAAUAUGGAUAUUUAAAUUAUGUAAUACCGAACUGCCCCCGGAAUUUUUUUUUGUCAAGCAAUAGUCUAUCGUUACUUACCCAUAUAAAUGAAAUAACCUUAUGUAUCCUACCUUCCAAACUACUUACCUAAAAUAGUGGCCGCUGCCAGCCUCAGUCUAAGCUUUUUUUUUUUAGGUUCUUUCGAUUUUAAGCGAUAUUUAUUUCAAUUCAACGUAUGAUUUUUUUUUCUGUUUAAAAUUUAAAGUUAAAUGUUUGUUUUAAUUGUAACGAUUUAUUUUCAGGUAUUAGCAUUUUGUACAAAAAAUCGACAAAGAGUUCGCCUAGUCUAUUUUCAUUUUUGGCACCGUUCAGUCCUUUCGUUUGGCUUUGGGUGAUAACGGCCUACUGUGGCGUAUCUGUUUUACUCUUUAUCAUGGCCAGGAUAAGUCCAUACGAAUGGACCAACCCUUAUCCUUGCAUAGAAGAACCCGAAUACUUGGAGAACCAAUUCAGCAUGUCGAACGCGUUUUGGUUCACUAUCGGGUCACUUAUGCAACAAGGUUCUGAUAUUGCCCCGAUGUAAGUCCGAAAAAAUAUUCAAGUGCAAUCAUUAGGAAAACAGUAUCUUAAAUCUCCUGUCGUGCAUGUUGUCGGUUAUUCUUUCUUUUAGGCAACGAAAAGACUUCAAAUUAUUAUCCUGGUAGUCAUGUGAAUUGUUUUGUUUACAAUUUAAAUUUCAUUUCGAUUGUUUAGCGCCGUAUCCACCAGAUUGGUUGCUGGAAUAUGGUGGUUCUUCACGCUUAUCAUGGUUUCAUCUUACACUGCGAAUUUGGCUGCGUUUUUAACCGUUGAGGGUGUGUCCGAUCCGUUCAAAACCGCUGAAGGUUUAGUCAAUCAAAAUGUCAUAGCGUAUGGUCUAAAAGAGAAAGGGUCUACCGACGAAUAUUUCAAGGUAUGAUUUAAAUACGAUAGUAUAUUAUUAUAUACAAAGCUAUAAAAAAAUUCCAUAAGCUUUUUUUUUAUUUUUAUUCAUGAAUGGUUUUUUAGAUUAUUCAUAGAUUAUUUAAAAUUUAUGUCUACAUUUUUUUUCAUAUUUUGAACAUUUAUUAAUCAUACAUUAAAAUAAAUAUUUCUUUAGGAAUCCACGAAUCCGACUUAUAAGAAAAUCUACGACACUUUACAAAAACACAAGUCUUGGUACACUGAUGGUAACGAUGCGGGCGUAGAGAAAGUACUAAAUGAAAAUUAUGCGUUUUUCAUGGAGUCUACGUCGAUCGAGUGAGUAUUAUGAUACAUUUUCCUUCUUUUUUUCUCUGUUGCUUUCAUCCCAACUAUUUACGCUUGUAUUACAUUAAAUAUACGAGAAUAAUUGCACAAAAUAAAUAAUAGACGAAUUGGCCAUACAAUCAUUUGGCUUUUAUGAAAAUUCGAAUUUGUGUUCAUACGAUUUGUGCAAAAUUAUACCCGUAUUUUAACCGUCGUUGCUUUCCGAAAGGUACAUGGUUGAACGAAACUGCAAGUUGGCACAAAUCGGUGGUCUGCUGGACAACAAAGGCUAUGGGAUCGUAAUGAAAAAAAGUAUAACAUUGUGCAUGUUGUAUUAUUGUGUAAGAGAAACACGUUUUUAUAUGCCUAGUGAUUGAUCUCCUGCUUUUGCAGACGCGAGUUACCGGAACACUCUGAGUGCUAACAUAUUGAACUUACAAGAAAAAGGCAAGCUGACUGCGCUGAAAAACAAAUGGUGGAAAGAAAAACGCGGUGGUGGAGCGUGCCAGGUGUGUAUAGUAGGGAAUAAUUUUUGGGAAUUCGAAUACGUCGGAACAGUGUUGAAUAUCAAGUUGGAAUAUAAAAAAAAACGUAUACAGAGUAAUCAAAAUUACAUAAGGCACUUCUUAUCUCAGAAAAUAUUUACUUGUUUCAGAAUUUGUUUUGUUAAAAUAUUGAAAAAAAAAAAAAACAAAAAUAUCUCACAUUACAAAUUUGUAUGUAUUUUCAAUAAACUAUUUUCAAUAUGCCUAAUGUUUGAAUAUUAUCUAAACGCGUUUCGGUUAUUACUUCGGUAUCCUAUCCUCACAUCGCAUAUGCCAAAGAGAAAUUCUUAAAAUUUUCGGAACGACCUCGUGGUAACGAUACGAAUUACCUACCCCUAGGUCUGGAUUUUUCUGGUCGUGCGUGUUUUAAUUUCCAGACAAAAAAAAAAAAAAAAAUAACAACAAAAAACGGUAUCCGUUUGUUUUAGUUAAAUUGAUGUGUUUUAUUUUAUUUUUUUUUCUUGCUCACAAAGGACACGGAGAACAACGAGGCCAGCGAAUUGAGCAUGAAAAACGUGGGUGGCGUGUUUAUCGUGCUUUGCAGUGGCGUCGGGGUGUCCGCUAUUCUGGCGUUCCUGGAAAUGUUCUGGAAGUUGUGGAAGACGACCACCAAAGAAAAGGUCGGAACCUCGUGUUGUCUGCGUUAUUGUUUGUCGCUCGGUCGAUUAUAAUAAUCGGCCGCCGCCGUCUGUGUGUCUCUCUACUGAUGGCAUCGGUUCCGCUCUCUGUCCGCAGGUAUCGUUCAAGAGCGAGUUCAAAGACGAACUGAAAUUCAUAGCCAAGUGCCGCGGGUCCACGAAACCGGCGAGAAAGAAACAAAACAGCAGCGCGAGCAACUCGAAUCCGACCGGUUCCAAUCAGUACGUGAACUCUGCGCGGCACUACGAUUACGAGUCGUAG